CCAGGGAGGCCCGCGAUGGAGUUGGCGAGCGGCCGCAGCGCGGAGUCGGAGGGCGGCGAGACACCGAACGCUUCGGCCGGGCGAGCCUCAUCCGCAGGCGGCGGCGACGGCGGUGACGCCUCGGAGGCGCAGGUGAAGCAGAUCCCGGUGCCGAGGGCCCCCUCAAUUGAGGAGUUCGCCAUCAUGAAGCCCAUCAGCCGCGGGGCCUUCGGGAAAGUGUAUCUGGCGCGGAAGAGCGGCAAGUUGUACGCCGUGAAGGUUGUCAAAAAAGCAGAUAUGAUCAACAAAAACAUGGCUCAUCAAGUCCAAGCUGAGAGGGAUGCACUGGCACUCAGCAAGAGUCCCUUUAUUGUGCAUUUGUACUAUUCACUACAGUCAGCCAACAAUGUCUACUUGGUGAUGGAAUAUCUAAUCGGUGGAGACGUCAAAUCUCUCUUACAUAUAUAUGGUUAUUUUGAUGAAGAAAUGGCUGUGAAAUAUAUUUCUGAAGUAGCACUAGCUCUGGAUUACCUUCAUAGACAUGGAAUAAUUCACAGGGACUUGAAACCAGAUAAUAUGCUUAUUUCUAAUGAGGGCCAUAUUAAACUGACAGAUUUUGGCCUUUCCAAGGUUGCUUUGAAUAGAGAAAUUAAUAUGCUGGAUAUUCUUACAACACCAUCAAUGCCUAAACCCAGACAGGACUAUUCACGAACUCCAGGACAAGUUUUGUCUCUCAUCAGCUCUCUGGGAUUUUACACACCAAGUGAUGAGAAAAUGCAAGAAACAGUUGAAGCUAUUUCAAACCCUGUAUCAGAAAUUUCACAGCUUUCUAAGGAUUCUUAUUGUCCUAUGUCUAUAGAUCAAAAGGAUAAUGCUCUGUAUUCAAGUAAACUUCUUCAAUCAUGUCUUGAUACUGCUGUUUUAAACCCCGCAAUGCCAGUGAAGUAUCUGACUCCAAAUCUCCUACAAUCCAGAAACACGCUUGGUACUUCUAGUACCAGUAGCCAGUCUCACACUUUUGUGUCCAGUUUGGAGUCCGAGUGCUGCAGCAGCCCCAGAUGGGAACAGGACAACCAGGAAAGUGAUGAUGUACUUGGUUCUGUAUCUAGGAAAAUGAGUGUUGAUGCAGUGGAAAAGCCUUCAAGUACUAAACUUGUGAAUGCUAAAGAAACCAAAAGUUUAAAGACGAAGGAUCUUGAGUCAGCUAUUUCUCCAAUUGGUGUUAGUAAUGGUUUCAUACCUGCUGAUGUCGGAACUGCCUCAUCAGUUACUUCAGAAGCCAAAAAUCUUGUUAGAAAAUGCCUUUCUGAAAAUAAAGUUUGGGAAGCAAAAGAACUUUCAAUAAAUAAAGAUUGUAUUAGUACUGAGACUGUAGAGCGUGGUUUCCAGCAACCAUAUCAUUUUUUAGUGGAUCCUGGCAAAGGUGAUGUGGUUGAGGAUCUUGAAGGGAAAAAAGGCUUAAAGAGGAGCUUUAAAUUAGUUGACUCUAGUCCCUGUGAGGAGAUUAUUCAGAACAAAAAAAACAGUUCAGAGUAUAGACGUGGUUAUACCAUUGAUUUUUAUUCAAAACAAGAUACAGGUUUGACAUCUGACAUCCACUGCUUUAUGCUGUCUGGGGACAGAAGCCAUCAAGUUGACUGUGAUAACAAGGAGAAUAUUGUCAACAGUUCUGUUUGUGAGCAACAGACACCAGAAAGAUCAGUUACUGUAAUGAUAGAGAAAAAUCUUAUGUGUGAACUAGAGGAAGACUGUGAAAAAAACAGUAAGAGAGAGUCUUUGGGUUCUAGUUUUCUAUAUUCUGAUGAUGAUAGAGCUCAGAAAAGUAUAUGUAUGGAGUCUGAUACGUCUUUCCCUGGAAUGUCUGUUGUUGAAAGCUCUUUAGAAAACCACUCCUUGGAUCAAGAUAAAAGUAUUAAAGAAUUCUCUUUUGAAGAAUCAAAAAUUGAAGACCAACUGACCACAUCAUCAAGCGGUCAGGAAAAUAACCUGCCCAGAGAGGACAUCCAGGAUGCUAAACUUUAUAGCAUGCUAGCCCCUCCCUCAUCAGAGGUGGUAAAAGCAUUAAAUCUAUUUAAGAAAAAUGCCGUCGCUUUUCGAAGUUAUAGCAGUCAAAUAAAUACAUCCAAUGCAUCUGAACCAUCAAAAAUUAGUAUUGCUUCUUUGGAAAGAAUGGACAUCUCCUAUGCUUAUACUGGUUCUUAUCCCAUGUCAUGUACCCCUGCUCAAAAAGAUAAGUCAUCUUUGGCAUAUCAGCAGACUCCACAUCAGGCAAAGUCAGGGACUCCAUACCGAACCCCAAAGAGUGUGAGACGAGGAGCAGCCCCAGUGGAUGGUGGGCGAAUUCUUGGAACCCCUGACUACUUGGCACCUGAGUUGUUGUUGAGCAGCUCUCAUGGUCCAGCAGUAGAUUGGUGGGCCCUUGGAGUUUGCUUAUUUGAGUUUCUAACAGGAAUUCCACCCUUCAAUGAUGAAACACCACAGCAUGUAUUCCAGAAUAUUUUGAAAAGGGAUAUUCCUUGGCCUGAAAAUGAAGAAAAAUUGUCUGAUAAUUGUCAGAGUGCAAUAGAAGUCCUUUUAACAAUAGAUAGUUCAAAAAGAGCUGGACUAAAAGCAGUUCCUGUGGAUGUGACCAAAGGAUAUGAGCAGACAGAUGAUGAAAGAAGAAUUGCAAAGCUGAGACAGCAUCCUCUCUUCAGGGAUGUCGACUGGGAGAAUCUACCAAAUCAAACGAUGCCUUUCAUACCACAACCAGAUGAUGAAACAGACACUUCCUACUUUGAAGCCAGGAACAAUGCUCAGCAUUUGACUGUGUCAGGAUUUAGUUUAUAGCUCUAUUAAGAGAUAACUAACUUUCCUAUUUGAUCAACCUUGUGUUAAGAAUGGGCUUACAUUUUCUGUAAUGCCAGAUUAGGUCACUAGGUUAAGGAAAACUGCAUGUUAAUUUGGAUCAGUCUGCUUUUGUUUUAUAGUGACUACAGAUACACAAAUUUGUAAAAUCACUAGUUUUAUCUUCAUCUAAGAGAUUACUGUAUGACUUUAAAUUUAUAUUUUUUCAAUCUGUUUCAGGUUACAAAAAUCAAUAGUUUAUCUUAAUCUGAGAAAUAAUUAUUGUACAUAUCUUCAAAUUUCCUUUUUCCACUUUAUUUUUAUUGCACUUUACAAAAGCUAAGGUAUUAGCAAAACUGAAAUAUCACUUUAGAGAGAGUGAACCUGAUUUCCCUCCCUCCCCCUUAACUGCUGCUCUUAAUGCAUCCAGUUUCUAGAAUUGUUUGCAAUGAAAAAUAUAUCAUGGAUGUACUUAAACAUUAUUUAGGUUGUAUAUGGUUAGUAACAAAAUCCUGUUCUCAAGGCCAGUACUUUCAGGCUGUGUCUAAAAUAUACUGUCAAGAUUUAUGUCCUAACCCAGCAGAAAACUCCCUUCAUUUCAUAGUGUAAUUCUUUUGAGGAAUUUGAAAUGAAAAAGAGAAGUAUGCAUUACCAACCUAGGUCAGUUAUAGCUAGGUAUUAUGCUUAGUAGUGUUGCUGAAAAACUUUGAACUUCCUGCGUUUGUAGUAUUUUUACAAGUUUUAAGAGUGUUUUCAUAUUUUGUCUAUUUAAAAUGAUUCGAAAAAAAUACUCAUAAGCAACAUUAAAGCCUACCUCUAAAAUGACUAAUAAAAUUAAUUGUAACACAUUUUAAUAGUUCAUGUAUCAGUCUGAGAAAGUACCGGUUUUUUAAAAAUCAGUGUUAAUCAAAAUUUAAAACGUAGAUUGAAAAAACUCAUCUUUGUUUUGUUCAGAAACCUUGUGCACUUUGUUAAAAGAUAAAAGCAAAUGUCAAAUUUGAAGGGCUGAAUGUAGAUUCUCUGCUAAUAGAGAAGACAAUUAAAAGCUGUGUUCUUAAACAUU